CUCUUUCUCUCUUUCUCUUUUUUUCUCCCUUAUGUCUUUUUUUUUCUUCAUGUUUGGUUUCAAUCGAAAAACGAUACAAGGUGUUGUCUUCCAUGUCUCAGUGAUAUAAAGAAAAGAAAAAGGAUUUUUCUUCGUUCGAUCCAUCGAUCUAUUCUUUAUAUUCUUAUCUUUUUUCUCUUUUUUCAUUCUUUAUUUCUUGGGUGAAAUGCGUCGCGAUUUGCGAACAACGGAGGAGGAAGGAAUGAGAUGAAGGAGAUCAAGUGGAAGGAGAUAAAGGGUUUUGAAAUUGUUAGAUCCUCUGUGUGCGUGUGAUCGAUCGAGAAGUACGGAUUUUCGGAGCUUAAAAGCUGUGCGUGAAAAGAAGAAACGAAGGAGAAGGAAAGGAGAAAGAAAGAGAGGGAGAGAGAGGGGGGAGAGAGAGAAAAAGAAAGAAAGAGAAAAUAAGAAGAAAAGAAGGAGGAGAAGGGCUGCUUCUAUAAACGUCGCUCAUAACUUUUUUUCUUAUUCGUUGGAUCUUCUGCAGGAUUUGCUUAUGAGCUUUAAGAAGUACGGAUACUGUGUUCGUUCAAGCAGAACUCAACAAAUUUUCAAGAGACAAGAACUAUAGGAUAGGUUCGGAUAAGACUGAAAGGAUACCAUUAGGGAGACAGAGAGAGAGAAAGAAAAAAAUUUCCAAAAGAUCUUCUGACUGCCGGAAGUUGUUUCGUCUUUUGUGGACCAGCCAAACUAUACGGUCUCUCUUCUCUUCAGGGGAAUUCGUCGAACUUCUGGAGCAGGAUGCAAGGGCAGCGGGAAGUGCGUGAAAGCGCGCAAAAAUGGAAUGUAAUUCGAUCGCAUCGAAUUGGUGCGUCGUGAGUUACGAUCGACGCUCCCGAAUUCCUCCAUCGUCGAAGAUCCUCGUGAGCGUCAUCGAAGGAGACGAUGCACGGGAGCGUUGACGAUCAUCGAAGGUCCGGUUCGACCGGACCAUCCACUUGAAAUUGCAGACAGGGAUGAAAGGGACAGGAGACGUUGGAGAAGGACACGUGUCUCGCAUAGAACCAGGAAGAGAGCUUCUCGUUUUUUCGAAGAGCAACCAGUCGAAAGCGUCGUGGAAAGGCGAGCACCUGUCGGCGGAGGUGGUGGUGGUGGUGGUGGUUGUGGGAAGAAGGGGAGGAGGAGGAGGAUGGAACACAAACAAACGAUUCUGCUGGCGCCGGCACUCAGCAACAGCAGUUGCUGGCGAGCCGGCAACUCUGAAGCGAUCUGGACCGGGCCAGGAUUCGGGGAAUUGUUACGAGCAACUCUGAUCUUGGUACUCAGCCUUGGUAUACUUUUUGCUAACCUACUCGUUAUUUGCGUCAUCAACAGCAGGCGAUAUAGCAAAUACAUUCACGCACAGCCAAGAUAUCUGUUGACGAGUCUUGCGAGCAAUGACCUCGCCAUCGGUCUCCUGGUGACUCCCUUUGGCUUUUUACCGGCAGUUUAUGGAUGCUGGCCUUAUGGCGAAGUCGUCUGUCAAAUUCAGGCACUUCUCAGAGGCGCUCUGACCCAACAAAGUGCGGUCAUACUAGUCUGCAUGGCAAUCGACCGUUACGUAUGCAUGCUGCACCCUCAUCGUUAUCACAGGCAUUCUUCUAAAAAGUAUUACAUGCGGCAGGGUUGCGUGGCAGUGAUGUCGACCACUUGGAUAGCAAGCCUGGCGAUUUUCGGCGCUUUGGUUCUCCCAAGGGGUGGCUACUACUUCAAUGGCUCCGGCCUUCUCGCCUGUGAUCCUUUCUUCGCUAGAGCCUCCCUUAGAAUUCUCGCAUGCUGCUGUUUCUACUUUCCAACGACAAUGGUGUUGAUGUACUGUUAUGGCUCGGCGUUCCACGUUAAUAAACUACGCUUGAAGAGGGUGGUCUGCGUUAACACGCCGGAGAUCGUUAGCGGUGGCCACAUAGAGAGGCUCGUCGCUCAUGAAAGAAGAUUGUCGACUUCGGCGUCGCGAACAAUGGCCGCGAUGAGCUUAGGAUUCAUCGUAAUGGUCACGCCUUGGACGAUUCAGGAAGUAGUCGCAGCUUGCACCGGAAGCAAGCCUCCACCGUUCCUUGACUUUCUUGCCACGUGGCUAGCACUUUCCAACAGUUUUUGGAAUCCAUUUCUUUACUGGUUACUCAACAAUCACUUUCGACGUAUAUCGAGGGAGUUGCUUUACACGAAGCUUCUUUGCAGAUCAAAGCCGUUGGGACCGAAACAACAUUGUUGUGCUACUAGUACCGGUGGCCUCGACGUUUGCAGUAUCAGUGGAGUAGAUUUGUCGGGAUUGGAACGUUGCUCAAUGGAUCGAUGUUCUAUGGCGAGAUGUUCAUCCUCGUCUUUAGCCAACAAUCCAUCACCACUUCCAUGGGAAACCGGACACAUGAUACGUGGUGACGUCACGCCCACGUGAGGAAGGGAUGCCGCCACGCAAACGGACGAUCCGGGAUCACCGGAUCACAUCAGUUAGUAUCGCGUGGCGGCAGGAUUCCAUCUGCUGAUCCAGGGACAAGAACGACGAAGAAUGUAUGAUGGCGAAUAUUCUUCGGUCUGGCCGACGGAUCUUGUCCCAUCAUUAGGGGAGAGUUCCCAUCAAGACAGGUCUUCUUCUUCUUAUCACGAGAACAAUGGGACGAUCGAAAGCUCGAAGACUCGCCAACGUUCGCGACGAGAGAGACGCGUCAAAUACGCGAGCUUUCUCAGCUUACCCGAUCUUGUGCCGGACGAAUCUUAGAAAUGACGGGAAGACAAACAAUUUUAUCAUAGAAACUAAGAUCUGUUCUCCUUAUUUUUGACUAAGAGGAUGUAAGGCAGAAUUUAUCGUAUAAAAAAAGAAAAAAAUUCGACGGAAGUACUCAUUCUGUAUUUUUUUUUCUUUUUUUUUUCUUGCGAAAAAGGAGAACGCAGAAUGAGAUUUUAUGUCGGACGAAUGUUAAACAAGUCUUUCAUUUUUUUUCUUUCUUAAUUUUACGAAGGAGAACGUAGAAUAACAUCGUUUGUCGGAAGAACGAUAGAAUAUCUUUUAUUUUCUUUACUUUCGUGAAAAGAGAGAGCGACGAAGUCUGCAGAAUAGAGAAAUUCGAAGGAAGAACUUGUUCUUUCUUUUUUGUUGUCAUUACUGCAAAGUUGAGGAAGAUCUUUUGUCAGACGUAUUUUAGAAGUUACGAAGAGUUCAUAAUUUUGUCGAAGAAAGAAAAAAAACCAAGAGAGAGUUUUUUCUUUGUCCAUUUUGUUUUUGAGAACUAGAAUGUAGGGCAGAGAAUCUAUAUCGAAUAAGAAAAUUCGUAGGUAAUUUUCUUUUAUUUUUCUUUUUCUUUAUUACUAAAAAAAGAUAACGUAAAACAAAAUUUCUAGCGAUGGACGGAAUGAUACGAUAGAAGUAUUUAUUUCCUUAUUUGUUUCUCUUUUUCAUUUUUACGAAGAAGGAGAACGUAGAGCAAGAUCGGGUCCGCGGUGCCUGAAUGGAGUACGGAGAGACCACGACGAUAAUGUCGAAUAAAAAGUGUCUCUCUCUCUUUAUUUAUAUUAUGAAUCUCUCUCGUGGAAAGAAUUAUAAAACGCACAAUGUACAUUUCUUGGAGUAUAUAAUAUUAAUGCAAUGGAGAACAACAUCGUAAUUAGUAAAUCGUAAUUCGUAAUUCUAUGCAAUCUCACGUUUUAAAUGGCUCAUCGAGGCCAUUUAAAAAGCAGUCUUCAAGUUACUAAUCAAUGUAAAUCGUUUGUGGAAAUCAUUUUUUAGGAAAUAAUAAAGAAUCCUAUGGAAGUA